GUAAUCAUCUUGUUGGCUCACCCUUUCAUCACACCCCUGGUCCUGAAUCCCCUAACCUCGGUACUGGAGACGCCUGAGUCUGCAGCAGCGCACGAUCUGCGUUAUUUCCAGCCUAUAUCUGAAUGACGGGCGGAAGGUUUGACUUCGACGACGGUGGCACUUACUGCGGGGGGUGGGAGGAUGGCAAAGCUCACGGACACGGCAUCUGCACCGGACCCAAGGGCCAGGGCGAGUACGCCGGGUCCUGGUCGCACGGCUUUGAGAUAGUAGGGGUCUACACCUGGCCCAGUGGGAAUACCUACAAGGGCUACUGGUCCCAGGGUAAGCGGCAUGGGCUCGGUGUGGAGAAUAAAGGAAAAUGGAUCUACCGCGGAGAGUGGAGUCACGGUUUUAAGGGUCGGUACGGCGUCCGGCAAAGCCACAACACACCUGCUAGAUACGACGGUACCUGGAGCAACGGGCUGCAAGAUGGAUAUGGGAUCGAAACCUAUGGUGAUGGCGGUACCUAUCAAGGCCAGUGGAUGGGCGGGAUGCGGCAUGGAUAUGGCGUGCGCCAGAGUGUUCCCUAUGGCAUGGCCACCGUUAUCCGCUCUCCUCUCCGUACAUCUCUGGCCUCACUGCGCUCUGAGCAGAGCAACGGCACUGUGCUUCAGGACCUCUCCUCCACUGCAGACACACCAACAGGCAGCCGCGGGGGCUUCGUCCUCAAUUUCCACUCAGACAGUGAGGUCGUGACUGGCAAGAAAAAGGGCCUGUUCCGCCGGGGCUCACUCUUCGGCAGCCUCAGGCAGUUGCGCAAGUCUGACUCUCGGACCUCAAUCUCCAGCAAGCGCAGCUCUGCAAGAAGUGAUGCCGCCAUGAGCCGCAUCAGCUCCAGUGAUGCAAACUCUACCAUAUCCAUCGGUGACAUUGAGCUGCCAGAUGAGGACCCACCUCUGGAAGACCAUGUGGAUGCCACCACGACUGAGACCUACAUGGGCGAAUGGAAGAAUGACAAACGCAAUGGAUUUGGUGUUUCAGAGAGAUCCAAUGGAAUGAAGUAUGAGGGAGAAUGGCUUAACAACAAGCGCCAUGGUUACGGUUGCACAGUUUUCCCAGAUGGCACCAAAGAAGAAGGGAAGUACAAAAAUAACAUGCUGGUGCGUGGAAUAAGGAAGCAGUUGAUUCCUCUUAAGAACCCCAAAACCAAAGAGAAGGUGGAUCGGGCUGUGGAGGGGGCACAGAGAGCUGCAGCCAUUGCCAGGAGUAAAGUGGAAAUAGCAGCUUCCAGAACAGCCCAUGCCAGGACAAAAAGUGAGGCUGCAGACCAGGCCGCUGUCUCUUCUGUGCAUGACUCUGAAAUUGCUAGGGCGGUUGCGAGAGAGCUCUCCCCCAACUUCUAUCAACCAGGACCUGACUACAUAAAACAACAGUUAAAGGAGCCUGUGGAGAUUAAAGAGGUCCCUGUCGAAAAGAGGGACAGCUCCCCGAGGGAAUCUCCCCACUUUUACCGCAAAGGUACAACUCCUCCCCACUCCCCUGUGAUCAGUCCCGGAGCCACACCUCCCCCCUCUCCUCACUCCAGCAAGAAGAAAGGUAAUCUUGCCAAUAGCACUAGCCGCAAAACCAGCAAAGAGGAAAAACCUCCCCGCAAGACAAGCAAAGAAGAGAAGUCAAGUCAUAAGACCAGCAAGGAUGAGCGGUCUAGAAGAAAGCUUAGUAAAGAGGAGAGGCUGUCCGUCAAUGAUGGCCUCAAAAGUUCUCACGUGUAUGUCGAGGCUCCACCUAAACCUGCGAAACUUCAGCAGCCUGCCCCAGCCUCUGAUCCUUCUCCACAGCCUCCUGCAAUUCCAGUCAAUGGCCAGCUUCACACUGAGUACCACAGUUACUAUGUCAAGGCCCCUACAAGGAUCCCUCUACCCCCGGACCAUGAAGAGGAUAUAGAAGAAGAGCAUAGUGCCCUGGCCUUGGCACGUAUGCCCCCACAACCCCCUAAGUCCCUUAGUACCCCCACUCCUAAGACAGCCUCCAUAUGGGAGAGCAAGAGUGACCAGAAACUCAGGAAGCAGGAUUCCCUAAAGCCAAAGAGCCUCGCAGACACAAAGAAAGCCAGUAUGGAGAUUGCGGAAAGCACAGAAGAAACAGGGCCUAACUCGAUCCUUGUUGCUAUGGUAAUGCUGUUGAAUAUUGGCCUUGCAAUUAUAUUUGUCCAUUUUCUGACAUGAUGAUGCGGUUUCUCAGUGAAACCAUGGCAACUGCUACAGUUGCAUUGCCGGCCUUGAAAAAUGAAAAUGGCGCCAGUGAGACACAGGGGUGGCCAUAGCUGUUUGGGAAUCAGCGCGACACCGAAGAGAAUCAUGAGGAAGGCAUCACUAACACCAACCUGUCAUGGGCCUUCUUUAGGGCCAGCCCCGUGAAGUAGCAGUCCUUUGGCUUCUCAAAAAGCUGAGGUGAAGUGUCGUGUCUAGUGAGAUAAAAGAAAAAAAAAAUUUUAAAAAUGCAACCAAACAUACACAGUCUGAAAAAAAGUAAUAGAAGCCCACACGUGUGCUGAUCCAAGCACUGGUCUCUGUAGCCCACUCCCAUUGCCUUGGCAGAGAUGGCGGUGGGGUGAUGGACCUUGCUUGAAGUGUACGGAGAUGUACUUUUAGAUGAUGGGAGCAAACAGCUGCCUUUCUAUUUUGUCAUCUGACGUUUUGAUGGGGAGAUGUGAGCCCGGGGGGGGGGCACCGCAGUGGGAGUGUGCUUGGGUGUUCGGACCGUUUUCUGGCCUUAACACCACUCUUGCAACAGGAAACUGGGCACUGCCGUUGCCAGCAGUCAGUGCUGGCACGGUCACUAGCCAGUCUUACUCGGUUAACCCAGUCAUCACUACAGCUUUCUCAAGCUCCGUCCAUUGUUACCCAGGAUACACUGCUUUGAAACACUCCCCAUGCAUGGUACAGUUUUAACGUUUUUAUUUGUUUUCUGUUCUAUUGUAGCUUUUUUUGUUCAUUGUUCUCUCAAUGUUGGUUAUCUGCAGGCAUACGUAUGUAGUUUAAAAGGAAAAAAUGAGUAAAUAAAUUUCCUUCCCUUUUGUUUUUUAAAUUUAAUCAUUUCUAACAACUUAGUUGUAAUUUGACAAUACACAUUCAUGUUACUGAAAGUGCAAUGUUUUUAUUUUUUCAAAAGAAAGCUCAUAGUAUAUUAUGCCAAGAAAGGGGUUUGUUCUAUUAUAAAAAUCCUAUGUUCCAUUUAUUUAGUCAAUUACUCUCACAAUUUAAAUGCUUGACUGGAGAGAGUGUUGAUGAUUGUGUUUAGAAAGGAGGAGACUGAAGUAGCAAAUGUCUUAUUAAAUCAGAAGGAAAAAUAUUUCAUGCCUAGACCAUUUUUGCUUGAAUUCCUUAAUUCUAUUUUCUUUCAUUGUUUUAAUAUACCACUAAGAUGCAAAGAUGUAGUUCACACAGCUGCUUCUGUAGGCCCAGCAGUGCUUGCAUGCUUAUGAGACUGGAUCGGGACAGUCUUGUGGAUGGUGAAAGUUGAAUUUAUUCAGGUUGAGGCCGUGGGGAAUGUGGCACCAGGGAGAAGGGGAGAUGCCUUUAGAAGUCUUUAACAGAACUACUGUUUACCUCAGAAAAAGAUGAGGACGGGCGGGGGGGCAAGCCAUCCUUGUCUUAACUUUGUUGUGUAGGGGAUACUGACUGUUGUCAUCACCUGAAUCAUGCUUUUAACUUGCCUCGUCGUAGCUGUUUGUAGUCUUUAUUGCAAGUAUGGCAUGAUUUUCUUUGAUUUUAAAAGUGGUUAUUUAUGUUUGACAUUACUGUCAUCACUACAAAGAUUAUUUAUUCAUUGUACAACUGAUGUGUUUGUGAACAUUGGUCAUCAUAAAAAGGGCUCAUGAUAUGGCUAUGGGUUUCUCUGCUGCAGUUCAGUUUUAAAGAUCAACUUGACUACAAUAGACUCCUACAUUCUGUUACAAAAUAAGCAGCUUUAGCCAGUUAAUGUUUGCAAACUGUCCAUACAACUACUAGAAAACCAACUACUGAAACCUAUACAAUAAAAGUAGACCAAUAAAAUAAAUUACUGAACAAAAAAAAUUUCACCCUUUCUUUGCCCUCUUUUCUUUUUCAUUUGUUUGAUUUCCCUGUCUUCACACAUGCAUGGUGAAUACUGGGGUUUCAGAGGGUUUAAAAGAACAGCCUGUUUAUGGGAUUUUUUUUUUGGAAAUGCAACAUUGCAUGUUGGAGACAUUUAUAUAGAGAUUAUUAUAUACUAUUUGUAAGGAUUUUUACAGAGCACAAUCCAGAAUCUGGUAUGAGUUGGUAUUUUUCUAACAAUUUGCACACCUGUAUUUUGACAAUGAAUAUAACUUGUUUGUAAUUGGUAAUGUAAUGCACAUAUGAUGUUUGACAGUGGACAAAAUACUUUAUUUCUAAUUGGUUGAACUGUAUGUACCAUUUGGGGAUGUGAAAGGCAGAUGUACUUGUUUAUUUUAGGAAAUAAGGAGGAACUAUGGGAGACUUUUGAUAUCUCAAGGUUCAUGUUACCCCACUGAUUUGUGCUAAGUCAUUGGAGAUGAAGUUAUGUGUAUAACA